GAGCGACGGGUGCUCGGUGCGCAGGGCCCGGCGCCCUCGGACCCGCAGCGGAUUUCAGGAAAAGGGUUGGGAGGCGGCGACCACCCGCCACCGGGGACGGAGGCAGAGCCCGCGCGCCUCUCCGGAACACUGGCCCUGCUACCAGAGCCUCAGGAGCCCCCAUGAGUGCCAGCAGCGGGUGUCCUGGAUAGCAAGACCCUGGCUAGUCCAGGGGCGGGUACGCCAUCAUGCCACCCAUCCUCCAGCGCCUGCAGCAGGCCACCAAGAUGAUGAGCCGCAGGAGAAUCCUGCUGCUGGUGCUAGGGUGCAGCACCUUGAGCCUCCUCAUCCACCAGGGUGCACAACUCAGCUGGUACCCCAAGCUGUUCCCUCUGAGCUGCCCGCCUCUGCAGGACUCCCCACCGCGCCCCAAGCACAUGACCGUGGCCUUCCUGAAGACGCACAAGACGGCGGGCACCACGGUGCAGAACAUCCUGUUCCGCUUCGCCGAGCGCCACAACCUGACGGUGGCCUUGCCGCACCCGCGGUGCGAGCACCAGUUCUGCUACCCGCGCAACUUCUCGGCGCACUUCGUGCACCCGGCCACGCGCCCGCCGCACGUGCUGGCCAGCCACCUGCGCUUCGACCGCGCGGAGCUCGAGGGCCUCAUGCCGCCGGGCACCGUCUACGUCACCAUCCUGCGGGAGCCCGCGGCCAUGUUCGAGUCCCUCUUCACCUACUACAACCAGUACUGCCCGGCCUUCCGGCGCGUGCCCAACGCGUCCCUCGAGGCCUUCCUGCGCGCGCCCCAGGCCUACUACCGCGCGGGCGAGCACUUCGCCAUGUUCGCGCACAACACGCUGGCCUACGACCUGGGCGGCGACCACGAGCGCAGCCCGCGCGACGACCCGGCCUACCUGGCGGGCCUCAUCCGCCAGGUGGAGGAGGUCUUCUCGCUCGUCAUGAUCGCCGAGUACUUCGACGAGUCGCUCGUGCUGCUGCGGCGCCUGCUGGCCUGGGACCUGGACGACGUGCUCUACGCCAAGCUCAACGCGCGCGCCGCCGGCUCGCGCCUGGCCGCCAUCCCCGAGGCGCUGGCGCGGGCCGCGCGCGCCUGGAACGCGCUGGACGCCGGCCUCUACGACCACUUCAACGCCACCUUCUGGCGCCGCGUGGCGCGGGCCGGCCGCGCGUGCGUGGAGCGCGAGGCGCGCGAGCUGCGCGAGGCCCGGGAGCGCCUGCUGCGGCGCUGCUUCGGCGACGAGCCGGUGCUGCGGCCGGCGGCGCAGAUCCGCACGAAGCAGCUGCAGCCCUGGCAGCCCAGCCGCAAGGUGGAUAUCAUGGGCUACGACCUGCCCGGCGGGGGCGCUGGCGCGGCCACCGAGGCCUGCCUCAAGCUGGCCAUGCCCGAGGUCCAGUACUCCAGCUACCUGCUGCGCAAGCAGAAGCGCCGGCUGGGCGUGCGGACCCGGCCCGAGCCCGUCCUGGACAAUCCCCCGCCACCUCGGCCCAUCCGGGCGCUGCCCCGCGGCCCCCAAGGCCACUGAGCUCCGGGAGUCAGGCCUUGGGGCUGGGGGCUACCUCCAGGUCCUGCCGCAUCAGGACCCCCUCUUCCGAGGGGCUUAAGCCCCAUGCUGUACGGGGGGGCAGGGGAGCCUGUCUGAGCCCGCCUCCCUGG